AUGGGAAAAAAAAGUAAUAAGCCUACGCAAGGCAAGCGUGCUUAUAAUGAUAAAAGAGAGAUCGUGCUUGAAAACGAAAAGUUUGAGAGCUAUUACCGUAAACAGAAUAUCUUUGGUAACAACGCCGAAUCCGAAAAUGAAUUUCAAACAUUGAUGGAGUUUCUUAAAAAACCAUUACCUACAACUUUUCGAAUUUGCGGGUAUCUGCAACAUGCCUUUGAAUUAAAAAAUCACUUCGAGAAACACUAUAUUCCCCAACUCCAGAAUGUCGAGUUUGAAGGGACAGCAAUUCCAGCACCUGAAAUUAUCCCUUGGUAUCCAAAUCAACUGGCUUAUAGCAUUGAUGCUAAGAAAGAAAUUAUUCGCAAGAGCCCGCCUUUUAAGCGUCUUCAACGCUUCCUUGUGAGCGAAAAUGAAGCUGGAAACAUUAAUCGUCAAGAGGCUGUCAGUAUGCUACCUCCCUUGUUUUUAGACUUGCUUCCACAUCAUUUGGUGUUGGAUAUGUGUGCUGCACCAGGAUCAAAAACUGCUCAACUUAUCGAAGCCAUUUAUAAUCAAGCUCAUGUGAAAGACGCCGUCAAAGACAGUGCUAACCUAAGCUCUCUUCAAGGACUCAUUAUCGCUAACGAUGCAGAUCCAAAACGUGCUCAAAUGCUUGUACACCAAAUAAAUCGGUUGAACUCCCCUAAUGUAUUGGUAGUAAAUCAUGAUGCUUCAACUAUGCCGAAUGUUAUCAUUCCUUCUUCUUCUUCAGAUGAAGCUAAUGAGAAAGAAAUUUUAAAGUAUGACCGCGUUUUGGCUGAUGUACCCUGUUCUGGAGAUGGCACAUUCCGUAAAAAUAUUUCCUUAUGGAAGGACUGGAGCGCAACUAGUGGUUUGAGUCUCCAUCCACUUCAAUUAAGAAUUCUUAUCCGUGGUCUACAACUUUUAAAGGUUGGUGGUUACAUGGUUUAUUCUACUUGCUCUAUGAACCCUAUUGAAAACGAAGCAGUAGUAUGUGCUGCUUUAAAGGCUACGGGUGAAUCCGUAUCUCUAGUAGACAUCUCAGAAAAGCUUCCAGAAUUGAAACGCGAAUCCGGUCUAUCUAAUUGGAAGGUCAUGGAUGACACUCUUCAAGAGUACAGUUCUCCUGAAGAUUCUCAUCCGGAAAACGUCACCCUUGCCUCUACUAUGUGGCCUCUGUCAAUGGAUGAAAUGAAGAAACAACACAUAGAACGAUGUGCACGUAUAUAUCCUCAGCAUCAAAACACUGGAGGUUUCUUCAUCGCUAUGUUGAAGAAGGAAAGUCCUUUGCAGGCGCAUAGAGUUGAUGCUUUAAAGAAACAAGAUGAAAGGCCAGAACUUAAACGUCAAAAACUUGAUAAUGAAGCAUCUGUGUCGACUUCCGCUCCCCAGCCCGUUACCAAAACUGGUAAUAAUUACUUUGACGAAGAACCGUUUGUUUAUAUUAAACCAGAUGACGAAAGCAUUUCUUCUGUCUCGAAUUUUUAUGGUUUAGAUCCUAAAUUUCCUCGUGACCAUUUCUUUGUUCGUAAUCAAAGUGGCACACCUACAAGGUCUGUGUAUUUUGCGUGCUCCCUGUUCAAGAAAAUUAUAGAGAACAACAUUAAUCGUGUGAAGUUUGUACACGGCGGAGUCCGCUUUUUUGUCAAACAAGAUAUCAGUCCUUUGCUUAAAAGUAAUGAGUCGUUGGAAGUCAACAAGGAUAUCUGUAAUUUCCGGAUCCACAGUGAUGGUGUUAAUAUCAUUAGCCCAUAUUUAGACGAAAAGUUCUUCUGUGAUGCUGAUCUUGAAGAUUUAAAAAUACUAAUGAAGUACGAUUAUCCUCGUUUGGAACAGUUUCCCGAAAAUGGCAAACUGAAAGUAGGAUCCGAAAAAAUGGUUUUCGGGUGUAACAUAGUUCGCGCUCAUGCCAAAACUGAGGAUGGAUCACUUACCGAUAUGCGCAUUUUACUGCCUGUUUGGCGAAGCCCAAAUAGUUGCAACUUAAUGCUUGCCAGAAAAGAAAAACAGAAUUUAGAGUUGGAGUUAUUUGGAAUGGAUUAA